AUAUCUCUUUUUCGUCUUCAUUCUUUGUUCUUCUUCGAACCGCGAAACGUUUUUCACGACAAACACAAACUCCCUGGACUAGCGGCAACUCCUUUUCCUCCCCUCCUUUGGAAUCCAUGGCGGUUCCGAAGGUUAUCUGCCUAACGAUUUUUCUAUCUUUAAUCGUCUUCUCCGCUGCAGCGGACGCGAUCGUCGACGGAGACGACGUAAUUGAAGUUGUGAGAGAGGAUGGCUCUGAUUCUUCAGUGCUUAAGAUCGAAUUGGAAAAACUUAAUUCUAAGAUCCGAGAGCUUGAGGUCCUUAUUGAUGAAAAAGCACGGGAAUUGGAGAAAAAGGAUUAUCUUAUAUCUCAGAAGGAUGAAAUAUUUAGGGACAAGUCAGAUAGAGUUUCAUUUCUUGAGAGCGAGAUAGAAUCUCUCCAGAGGGAAGGGAAAUUGCAUGCGGAGGAAACAACGGCAGAGGCUCAUUCACGUGCUGGUGAAUUAGAGAAGCAGGUCAAUGAACUUAAGAAGGAACUAGAUGCUCAAAAUAGGGAGAAAAAUGCUCUGGAGGUUCGAUCAAAUGAAGCCCAGAAGAAGAUGGAUAAGAUUAUUUCAAAACUGGAGAAACUUCAGAACACUAAUGAAGAACAAAAGAGCAAAAUUCAGAAACUCCAACGUGCACUUAAAGUGGCUGAGGAAGAAAUGAUAAAAGCAAAGUUUGAGGUCACUUCAAAGACUGAAAAGUUGAUGGAGGUCCACGGUGCAUGGCUACCACCAUGGCUUGCUUCAUUCUGGGACGAGCAUGCAAAGCCUACAAUAAAUACGGUGGUGCAGAAGGUGCGGGAGGGAAAGAUGCGUGUGGAGAAUUGGUUGGGACCCCGCGUAGAACCAAUUAAAUCUAAGUGGAUCCCUGCCAUGCACAAACAGUUGUUGGUGGUGAAAACCAAUUCUGAACCACAUUUGCAAUUGUUGUGUAAAAGAAGUUCAGAAGCUUACAAGGCUUCAAAACAAGCUCUGAUUCCACAUUUAAUAGGAGCACAAGAAUUUGCCUAUCCCUACUUUCAGAAAGUUAAAAUGGUCUCCAAACCAUAUGUCGAUCGUGUUGCUAUCAUAAUGAAACCUCAUGUUGACAAAGUUCAAGUAGCCUUAAGUCCAUACACAAAGGAUGUAGUGCAUGCUUGUGGAAAUUUUAUGCAGUCUGCUACUACACAUCGUCAGAAGGUUAAAUCUACCAUCCAAGAAGUGCUCAACAGGCAUGACAUUACAAGACCGGCUGCUUCUACAGAGUUCGAGUGGCUUUUGGAUUCCGCAUUAUUGGUCUUACCUGUGUUAAUAUUGUUCCAUCUUUGCUCUUGCUGUGGCAUAUUCCGUAAAAAGGCAAGGACAUCUGUUCGGGGUACCAACACCAACCAUGGACGUCGUAAGGCUAAAAAGGGAACUUCUGGGAGGUGAAGUGUAACAUCGUUUCCUGGUCCUCUGUUGUAGACGAAAUUUUAAAGAUGGACAGCACAUCUUUGGCUUCCCAAAUCCUCUAGAAACUGGAACGGAAAGGUCUGAUAUUUUUUGAAGCUCUAACAGUUUCAUCUCCUUUGUUAGCCAUGAUCAUCACACACGCUGCUAAAAAAAUAUCCAAGAAGUUUAGAAGUUGAAGUUAUACUCUGCUUUUCAUGUUUGACUGUGAUACCGGAGCUGUACCAAGUUUUUGUUCGAUGUGAUGUGUUGUAAAAUAGUCACGAAGUUAAAAUAAAUUAUUUAAAAUUCUCAUCUCUUGUUA